CGCCAAGCUCAAGUGUUAUAUCCGGAUUGUACGUCCAAGUUCGAGUUGGUGGUGAUGAGCAUGACCAAGCGGCCGUGUGCAGCGCCGAUCUCGGUGGGUCACGCUGGCGUCCUUGUCCACAUCGCCCAGUGCUUGGACUCGACAAAGGACGUUCUCUCGCUGCUUCAGGCGCUGCCACGUGAUGCACUCGACGCGCCGCUAACUGCGCUCCGGACGCUCUUGCUUACGCCUGGCGCCUUGGACGACAGCCACUGGCCGCAGGUGUGCAUCGAAGACAUUGAUGGCCAAUACACGUCCACUGUGCUCACUGCGCUGCCGGCCUUCAGCUCGAUCUCGGUCGACAAUCUUGACCGGCUCAAUGGCGUCCUAGGGACCAUUUAUCCCGCCACGGCGAUCAUCCAUUUUGCAGCCAAGUGGGGUUACAAGAUCACGUCCAUUCGCGUCUCCUCGAACGUGCACCACAUGGACGUCUUUGGUCGCAUGCUUGUUCACUGCAACAACCUCAGCAGUAUUCGCACCGAGGUACACACGUGGGACGCUCCGUUUGCUGCUGCGAUCGCGUGCGCAGCGCAGUCCGUCACGCGCAUAGAGAUUACCGCAGCGUACAACAAUGCGUUUGCAAGCGAGAGCUGGCUACCAAUUCUCACAGCGUGGCUCGCCUCGGGUCGCGCGCAACACUUGGGGCUCCGCUGCCUCGAUUUCAAUCACGAUACGAGCUUGGGGCGCGCGAUUGCCGCCGCUUCAUCGCUCACGAGCCUCUCGCUGUUGGGCGUCGACGGUGUCGUUCGGGGCCUCCUCGAUGCCAAUGUGCCACUGCCCAACAUCACAAAGCUGCGCCUUGAAACAGACAGUGGCCAUAUCGACGUGCGACUGUUAUCCAACGUGAUCUCGCUCUCGACGCUGUGCGCGCUCGAGCUCAUCGGGAACGACACAUCCGACUAUACGUUUGUUCUGGCGCUGCUGCCGCGCAUGUUGAUGCUGCGCGACCUCACGUUGCAAAAGUGCACGCUGCAUGCGAUGCCAAAUGCGAUCGACGCCCCUCGCCACUUGCGGGCCUUGAGCUUGAACCAAUGUACGAUCGACGGCGCCGGGUGGGAUCUCCUCGCAUGGGCGUCGCAGUCGCCAUGCUUCCAAAGCGUGUCGCUCAGCCAUGCUGAAGAUCUGCUCGCAACGCCGCUGCGAUUUGGCCGCUGCCUUCGGCAAUGGAUGGCGGCUGGUGUCGAGCGCCUCGUGCUGGAUGGCACCGAAGUGGACCACAUAAUGGGCGCGGUCAUCGCCAUGACGCUCUGUGAUACUCACCGACGCCGACCAUUUGAGCUAUGCCUGGACAGCAAUAAUUUGGACUACGCAGCGGCCGACUUGCUGAUCGAGGCGCUGACAACGUGCACCGGUGUCAUCCUCAAAUUCAUGAACCACUCCGUAUAUCAAGACUCCUGUAAGCUGCAGGCCGUGGCGGCCGAGCUCCAGCUGCGCGCCGUAUACAACGUGCCAGAGUUGCGUAUCUUCAGCCCAUCGUAGUUGACCGUCAAUAACGAUUUCUUCCCAGAGGCAGA